AUGAAGCACCUUCACCUACUUUGGUUGGUCCUCGUGGCCAGAACACUUUCUGAGCCCUUUCAAGUCCCUUUCCAAGUUCCUCCCAGUAGCACAGCCCACAGCACAAUUGCGCCGGAGGCCACAGGCGUCAUCAGCAAUCCUGAGAGAGUAGCAGAUCAGACAUACGACUAUAUAAUCGCCGGAGGAGGCCUGACAGGUCUGACGAUCGCUGCCAAGCUUCUCGACCAUCCGGACAAGUUCAAGGUUCUGGUGAUUGAGAACGGAUACUACGGGUCUGAAUACGGUCGCAUCAUCGACGACUUGAACGCAUACGGUGAGAUCUUUGGCAGCAGCGUUGACCAUGCCUAUGAGACCAGCCCCCAGGUCCACCAGCGGGUUGAGAUCAUUCGGUCCGGCAAUGGCCUCGGAGGGUCGAUUCCUGGGAACAUGUCUUUGGAAAUACUGGCUGGAACUGGGGACAACCUGAAAAAAUACAUGGACGAGAUUGAGAAGCCUCGAGAUCCAACGAAGGACAAGGAUGUGACCGAAGGUCAUCACCACCCUUAUGACCGGAGCUGCCAUAACUCCAAGCCUGACGAGGGCAGGGUAGAGAUUGGGGCGCGAGAUCGAAAGACCAAUUGGUCGCCACUUAUCUUUGCGCUGAUGGAAACUGUCAACGAAACCACUGGCGCGCCAUACCAGCAGGAUCUCUGCUGCGGUAUUCCGCACGGCGUGUCUAUGUUCCUCAACACCCUGACCAAGGGGCAGGUCCGCACGGAUGCUGCGCGGUCGUGGCUAGAGCCCGUGCUCAAGAACAACUCGGCAAAAGCCCGCAUUACUGUCCUGACCGGACAGCUUGUGGGCAGAGUCAAUCUCGAGCCAACUGAGAAGGAUGACCCAAAAUACAAAGCGACGGGAGUUGAAUUCGGCACCCACCGCAAGAAGGGCUGGAGGUUCAACGUCAGGGCGAAGCACGAGGUUCUCCUCGCUGCUGGAUCGACUAUCUCCCCUCUGAUCUUGCAAUAUUCAGGUAUCGGUCCGGCCGAUGUACUGUCAAACCCUAAAGUCAAGAUCGAACAAAAGAUCGACCUCCCUGUUGGCCUCAAUAUGCAGGAUCAGACCACAACCUCUGUCGUCGCCCGGACCACCCCAGAAAGCAAUGGGCAGGGCCAAGUCGCGUACUUCGCAACUUUCGCGGAGGUGUUCGGGGAACAUGCGAAGUAUUACAAGUCGCUUGUGAACCACAACGCCACACUGCGUGAAUGGGCCGCCGAGACCGUCGCCGGAGGCGGUUUCCACAACCAGUCCGCUCUGUUCCUUCAGUAUGUCAACUACCAGAAUUGGCUGCUGGGCAAGAACAACGUCUCCUAUGCGGAACUUUUUCUCGACACCGACAACCAUAUCCACAUCGACCUGUGGAACCUGCUGCCCUUCACGCGGGGAUACGUCAAGAUCCUCAACAGCGACCCCUACCUGCGUAGCUUCGAGUAUAACCCCCGCUAUUUCCAGAACAAGCUUGACCUUUACGGGCAAGCUGCGGCGUCGAGACUCGCGCGUAAACUGACCCGCUCCGGGAAAAUGGGAGAGUUCUUCGGCGAAGAGACGUUGCCGGGGGAGUUGCUGUCCGACGACGCGAGCCUGGAAGACUGGGCGCGCUAUGUAAAGCAGAACUUCCGCGGCAACUAUCAUGGUGUUGGGACGUGCAGCAUGAUGAAGAAGGAACUUGGGGGUGUCGUCGACGAAAAUGCCAAGGUUUAUGGAGUUGAGAAUCUUCGCGUGGUUGAUGGCUCUAUUCCCCCUACCCAGGUGUCUUCGCAUGUGAUGAAUGUCUUCUAUGGUAUGGCCGUGAAGAUUUCUGAAGCAAUUCUGAAAGAGUAUGAUGAUAAGAAGUAA